GCCUCUGUACUGUAAAUAAAUGCACACUCCUUGCUUGAAACAUACACAAACAUGGAAAACACAAUGCCUUUUGUGUCUCUUUCCCUCGUUUAAUAUCAUCAUCAUCUCUUUUCCACUGACUUCGAGCACUGCCAUUUCUUCACCUCAUUUGCAUUAAUGGAAAGUGCAAUGAUGACCCUGAUGUUGGGACUCACACUUGCACUGGAGAAAGUCCUUCACCUCCUUCAAACAUCGAUCGACUGCAAACCCUCCGGAACCCUUACAUGCAAAGGAAAAUCUUUUCCCCGGUUCACAUGUUCCCCUCCAGUCACAUCUUUUACUAAAGCUAGCCUAACACCCAAUGACUUUAGCGAAGGAGGGGAAGGUGGAGCCCCAUCGGAGUGUGACGAGAACUUUCAUGAGAAGACGGAGCGCGUGGUGGCGCUGUCUACCGGCUGGUAUGCUGGAGGAUCAAGAUGUGGAAAGAUGAUAAAGAUUACAGCACGAAAUGGAAGGAGCGUGCUAGCUAAGGUGGUGGAUGAGUGUGACUCGAAGAAUGGGUGCGACAGCCAACAUGCUGGCUUGCCACCUUGUAGGAACAAUAUUGUCGAUGGGUCUGAUGCGGUUUGGGAAGCUUUGAAACUGAACAAAGAUUUGGGUGUUGUGGAUGUCACUUGGUCGUUGGCUUAGGUACGCUAGCCUGGGCUGAUUAAUUGAAUGAAGAACUUUCGUAUCGUUUCGUCAUAAAGUGAUCAACUAGUAAUUCAUUUCCUAAUUUCGUUGAUUUCUUUUUUUCUUUUUUCCCUCCCCAGGUCCUUAAGCCCAAAUUGUUGCACGAGA